CUUCACUGCACACAACAAAUGCAUUGCAAGAAAGCAGACAAUCAUUGAAUGGCAAACAUAUUGUCAACAAUUGUCUUCAUUUGGCGUUCAUUUCGAUUCCCAAUGACUUCUUAUAGAGUUCCCAAAGACAAGACUUGCUGGUCAGUGGAUUGGCCACAAUACGCACCGACGGCUUACGAGAUAGACUUGACAGACAAGAGUUGGGCGGAUCCGUCCAUCGGAAACGCGAGUUUUCAGCCGAAAUGGAAUCAAAUGGACGGACGGAUUGAUCGUCGAAGUCAUCAAAACAUUUACGUCAUAAAAGACGGAUUUCCUUUGAAUCCUUUGGGAAGAACUGGUGUUUGUUUACGCGGAGUAUUGGGUCGUUGGGGUCCGAAUCAUGCCGUCGACGCCAUUGUCACGCAAUGGAAACGCGAUCUCAAUAAUCGAAUUCAAAUCCACGAAACAACAAACAAACCGAUUCUCGAGUUUGUGGCCAUAAAACGACGCGAUACUGGCCAGUGGGCAAUUCCCGGCGGUUUUGUUGAAUCAGGCGAAAGUGUGGACACAACUCUCGAACGAGAAUUCCUGGAAGAGGCUGCAGCCGAAGCGGAUACCGAAACAGUGGUCAGAAUUAGACGAUUGUUUGAAUCGGGAGAAGAAGUUUGCAGAGAAUGCGUUAAAGAUCCGCGAAAUACAGACAACGCGUGGAUCGAAACUGUUGUCAAACUGUUCCAUUGGGAAGACGCGCGGCCAUUGCGAUUGCGUGCCGGUGACGACGCGGUGGGCGCCGAAUGGCGUCAAAUUGACUCAAAUCUGGAUUUAUAUGCGAAUCAUUUGGACUUUAUUUCACGCGCUUCGGAGCGCUUCGGCGGACACUUUUAA